AACAAGAAACGAAAAUAAAAAAUUAUCUUGAUGAAUGAUGAUAAUGGCAAUGAAAGUGAAUUCAUUCAAAUAUGGCAAAAACAAGUUUUUUCCUCUUCUUCUUCGAAUGAUGGGCAUCUUCACCUAUUUUGCUUACUGACGUAGUGGUAAUCAAUAUUUCAACCGAGAUUUUUUCGUCUAUUUUUUUGGUGAUAAAGAUAUUUAAAAUCAAAACUGAAUGUGUAAUUAUUGUUCGCAAUGGCUAAAAUUUACUUCAUCAUCAUAAUAUCGUUAUCUAUUUUAUUGAUUGAUAAUUAUAAUUAUUUGAUGAUUAUUGAUGCAGCGAAAUCUAAAUCAAUACAACAACAAUCAACCUGUACCAAUGUUGAUCAUAAUCGUAUGGAUAAAUGUGUUACGAUUCUAUCAUUUCUAAUGGAUGAUCAUCUUCUCAAUAAUCCACCAUUAUCAAUGAAAGAAGUAAAUGGUUAUUGUCGACGUUUAAAACCGGCCGAAUGUGUUGAACAAUACUUGAAACGUUGUACUAGCCGCCAUGUACAACAAACGGCUAAAAUUAUCCUUUAUUCAUUGUUACGAACAAAUCGAAAAUAUUGCAAUAGUAAAAAACGUAAAUCAUCCGUUCUACGUUUAGUUAAAUGUGCAAAAGAUCGUCUACCAGAAUUUGGUGAUUUAAUGAAAAAUUUUACCGCUGAUAUGCAUGCAUUACGUACGUUUGAACCACAAAAUCUACGUAUUCCAUUAGUAUGUUGUGAUUAUUUUAAAUAUCGUGAACUUGGAAUUCAAAUGAUAAUGAAAACAUGUGAUGUACCGGAAUUGAUAUCAGUGAUACGUGAUGCAUUACAAGGUUAUACUGGUGAUUUAACAACAGUUAUGUGUGGUGAUUAUACCGAUGAUUCGGAUCGUUGUGAUCAAAUUAUUGAUUCAAUGCCUAAAUGGACAAUAAUAAAUAAACAGCAAUUACAAUGGAAAACAUUUGCCAUGCCUUUAGUUGAGAUAUUUGACAGUUUUCAAUUCAAUAAUAAAGAAACACAAUAUUAAAAUGAAAUGAACAAAAAACAAAUAAAAGAACUAAAA